AUGGCCGAACAAACCGUGUCCUCUCGUCUCUACACCCCUUCCAACCCCAACCUCACCGAAUUCAAAGAAAUCUGCUCCCAAACCACAAACCCAGCAACCUACCCACUGGCCAGCAAAAUCGCCUCCAACAUCCCAAUCUACGACCUGGCCGCCCUAGAAUCCAAUGGCCUAACCUCAACCCAAAUAACCGCCCUCCAAGAUGAAUGGCACAAAUGCCUACACACCGGACCAGGCGUGUACAUCCUGAAAGCAAUGUACCCAGCCAAAAAGUACGCCGAAACAAUAAACGCCACAAACAACGCCUUCGACCAAAUAAUCGCAACGGAAAAAGAAAACACCACAAUGGCAAAAGGUGACCACUUCGCCGCAGGCGGCACGAACGACCGAAUCUGGAACUCCUUCCAAAAACACGCCGUCACAGAUCCCACUUCUUUCACGGACUACUACUCAAACCCCUGGCUAGCCCACGUAUCCGAAUCCUGGCUUGGCCCGUCCUACCGCAUAACAGCCCAACUAAACGCCGUACACCCGGGCGGUGCAGCGCAGGACUCCCACCGCGAUUACCACCUCGGGUUCCAGGAAGCGGACGUCACGGCGCGCUACCCGGCUGCUAUGCAGGUUGCGAGUCAGUUCCUUACGUUGCAGGGUGCAGUUGCGCAUUCCGAUAUGCCAAUUGAAAGUGGGCCGACUCGGUUCUUGCCGUAUAGCCAGACAUUCAAGCCCGGAUUCAUGGCAUGGCGGCGCGAUGAAUUCAGGGCCUUUUUCCAGGAGAAAUAUGUAUCCGCUCCGUUGGAGGUUGGUGAUGGAGUCUUCUUUAACCCCGCGCUGUUUCAUGCUGCUGGUUCUAAUGUCAUGAAUCCCGAAACUGGGUUCAGACGCGUGGCGAAUCUACUGCAGGUUAGUUCUGCGUUCGGGAAACCCAUGGAGAGUGUGGAUUCUUUGGUUGUUGUGCGCGCUGUUUGGGAUGAGUUAAAAGAGAGGUACAAGGCUGCUGGGGGGGGUUAUUGCGGGCAGUGA